AGCAUCGCGAAUCGCGACUACUUCCAGUAUGUACCUGCUUGGUGUCACCGCCGGACCGUGUUCUGUCAGCGAUCUUGUUGUGUUCCCAUUGUGUUUGGUUUGACGGUGCCCGACGCAUUCCGUUAAGUUUUCCGUUGGUUUAUCGUUUCCGUUGUCGCGUGAAGCCCGUUUGAUGAUUCUUCCUCUACACCGGGGCUCUUCCGUUCGCUUGCUGCGGUAGCACACACACACAUACAAACGAGCGUGCGCGAACGUUGCGAAGACGAAGGUGAUAAAACUAAGCCGGAGCUGGGGAUACAUGCGAUCACACACAUAUACCCACACAAGCUGCUGAACGGAGGAUUUGACCCGACGAACUUCGCCCUUGAUUGCACGCUGGCCGUGUGUUCUACAUCGAUCGGUGCCAAGUGAAAUAUGUGUGUGCAUGUGCGCGAUUGAUUGUUGUAUGUGGAGUGCCUCCAAGAAGUGUGAUCGGUGGUUUUGAGCAUCCUCGGCAUUGUUACUAUCGAAAAACCACUUACACACACACACACAUACACACGCACACACACGCACCCUUCGACAUCGUGUCGACAUCUAUCGCAAUCUACAUCUAUCUGGUGAUAACGGCGUGGAUCAACUAUCUCAUGGGUGCUGAUGGUAGUAGUAGUGCGGAUAGUGGUAUUUUGUGAUAAUUGAAUUAGUGCAAUAAUAAUACAACCGCAGGUAGAGGUGUGAAGACCGCUUAUAUCGAUAUAUAUAGCACGUGCUCCACAUAUUUAACAAGCGGCAAACAACAUCGAAACGACGUGGAAAUACAGUGUUAAAGGAGACAACACCACUGAAGCUGAAAGCAAAUCCUUUCCAGUGCGAUAUAGGAUCGGAAAAGAAAAGAAAAAAAACCAAGUGAUCGCUAUUUGUUGCACUGGUGUUGAGUGUUUGUGUGUGUGUGUGUGUACGUGCGUAUUGCGUUGAUCGGACGCCCGUCGACCAUUGUGCAAAGUGUUCGGGAAGCGCUGAAGCACGUUGUUGCCGAGCCAAGUGUGGUGCCGGUUGCUGCAAUAGAUACAAAUAACAUACAAUCGCGAAUAUAACGGAAGCCGCCGGAAGCGCGAUCCAAUCCCGCCAGCAUGGAGUGCUGCCUGUCCGAGGAAGCCAAAGAGCAAAAGCGUAUCAAUCAGGAGAUUGAGCGGCAGCUGCGACGGGACAAACGGGAUGCGAGGCGGGAGCUGAAGUUGUUACUGCUGGGUACUGGUGAAUCGGGUAAAUCAACAUUCAUCAAGCAGAUGCGUAUUAUUCACGGUAGCGGCUACUCGGACGAGGACAAGCGGGGCUUCAUCAAACUAGUAUACCAAAACAUUUUCAUGGCGAUGCAGUCAAUGAUACGAGCGAUGGAUCUGCUGAAGAUACUUUACAGUGAUCCGGCAAAUAUCGAGCAUGCCGAGCUAAUACGAAGCGUAGACUUCGAAACAGUGACCACAUUCGAACCGCCAUACGUUCAAGCAAUCAAAGACUUAUGGGCCGAUGCGGGCAUCCAGGAAUGUUACGACCGAAGGAGAGAGUAUCAGCUAACAGAUUCCGCCAAAUAUUACCUUAUGGAGAUCGAUCGUGUCGCGGCAACAAACUAUCUUCCAACGGAGCAGGACAUUCUGAGAGUGCGUGUACCCACGACCGGCAUUAUCGAGUAUCCCUUCGAUCUGGAAGAGAUCCGGUUUAGCUACUUAAGUGAUUUGGCACGUAUCGAACAAGAAGAUUUUCUCCCAACUGAACAAGAUAUUCUAAGAGCUAGGGCACCGACAACGGGCAUUUUAGAGUAUCCAUUCGAUUUGGAUAGCAUCAUCUUUAGGAUGGUAGACGUCGGCGGACAAAGAUCUGAAAGAAGGAAAUGGAUUCACUGUUUUGAGAAUGUAACAUCAAUCAUCUUCUUGGUUGCACUGUCGGAGUACGAUCAGAUUCUGUUCGAAUCGGAAAAUGAGAAUCGAAUGGAAGAAUCGAAAGCUUUAUUUAAGACCAUUAUUACGUAUCCAUGGUUCCAACAUUCGUCGGUAAUUCUGUUCUUGAACAAAAAGGAUUUGCUGGAGGAGAAGAUCAUGUAUUCGCAUUUGGUAGAUUACUUCCCCGAGUACGAUGGACCACAAAGAGAUGCAAUAGCUGCCAGAGAAUUUAUACUUCGCAUGUUUGUAGACUUAAAUCCCGAUUCGGAGAAAAUAAUUUAUUCACAUUUCACUUGUGCGACAGAUACCGAAAAUAUCCGGUUUGUGUUCGCCGCAGUCAAGGACACGAUACUUCAGUCUAACCUAAAGGAGUACAAUCUGGUCUGAACUCGGAGAGGCAACAGUGCUUGCUUGCCAUUGGCACCUGCGUUUUGGUACCGACUACAACAGAAGCAUAAUGGUGAACGAUCGCUGGCGAUGAUCUCGUUAACGUCAAAGGUGUGGUAUCCCUUCAUCAUUAUUCGCCUUUGGUGCCAUUGUACUGGAACUCUAUCAUCAUUGUUACCAACAAACCAACAAUUACUACAUCUAUGCCCGGAAGUUUCAAAACAGCCAGCUAAAUUCGUCACGCAAGCGGCAGCAACUUCAUUCAUCACGGACGAUAGGGUUGGAUCAAAGAACCGGGCAGCAGUUUCCUUGCAUCAUUCUUCGUCAUCGUCAUUAUCAUCAUUACGAUCGCGAUCAUCGUCAUUUCGUCAAUCACGCGUACAUGUGCGUUGCAAUAGGGACAGCACGGACACGUGGGUGUUCAGUGCUACUGGAACACUAUACACAUGGCACUGAUAAUGCUGCGAAAGUGCCGAUUGUCCUGUCCAACCGGAAACCGUCACCGUUUUUUAUUGAUUGACCCCAUUAGCUGAAUGUUUGAUCUGUCAAAUCUUGCGAGCAAAAGCAGAGGACGUGUGUGCGAAUGUGGGUAUUAUGUUCACUUCCGGUUAUUAGCGAAGGAACAUUGAAUCGUAUAUCGUUGCUUCGAUGUUUGCUUUUACUGCUUGUGUAAAAUUCGAGUGAAACUCACGCUGUACGUAACCCGGCACACAUGAUCACACAUCAACAUAUACAUUUAAAAAAAAUAUUUUUAAUUAUUCUGUGUAAAGCGCGACAAAAAUAAACCUUGACUGUUGAGUGUAUAUUAUUACGUGAUCUGCAAGAAUGGAAACACACCAGUAAAUUUAUGUUACAACCACAAUUACGUUCAUGCACCCCGAGAACACUACGAGUCGCCGUAGUCCCCGUGAAUGCAACGAACACAUUACAGCGUAAUAAUAGAAUGGAGGACCUAUACAACAAAAGCAAACAUUUUCAUUUGGACUACCGUUAUCAAAGAUUGUAGCGUAAUGAUGAUUAUCCUUAUUGUUAGUGUACUAUAUGUAUAGAUUCGCUGUAUAUUGUUGUUUGCAACUUACUUUCGCUUAUUUAAUUCCGACACGAUGCAAGCUCGCAUUCAUAAUUCACUCGAAGAAGCCAUCUCCUUGCCACAGUAGGACAAUAUUUCGAUGUGCAUUUUAAAAGCAAUUCGUGAUUCAAUUGUUUUACCCGCCCAAUUGUAAAUCACCAGUUGAUAGUUCCUGCUGGGCCCGAAGAAAAAAAACAAGGUGUGUUAAGAAAUGCCUUUUCCGCGUCAGAAUUAAUUUCGAUUAAAAAUAUAUAUAUUUUUUGCUGUUUGUUGUGUCGAUGAAUGGAAAUAGUUGAAUCACUGCUGGUGGUGUGUUCCGUUUAUAAUUGUUAUUACUUAUAUUUUCUUAAUAACGCAAACGCAUUUAAUUAAAAUUGAAAGCUUAAAUUAUGAGACAAUAUAAGUUCGGUUCUGUUAGGUUUUUUUCCCCUGUUUUGUCAGACGCUAAUUAAUAUACAAAAUAUUCGCUUAAUAAUUUCACAGUGCAACUGUUUAAAGGUUGCUGUUUCGUUACGAUAUUUAUUCCCUUUGUGUUACAUAAAAAAGGCGUUACAUGUCUGGUGAAUACGAUUCGUAUACUCUUCCAUUUAAGCGGGAAGAAGUUCUAUGUUGUAUUUUUUGUUGUUAUAGUUUACAUAUUCGCACACCAAUCGCACGUAUAUCCGAAUCGCUAAAUCAAUCUGUGUUCGCAGUAAUGAUAAUCACACAUACACACACACACACACACAGUCAAAUAGAAGAAAUGUCCCAAGGAAUAUACAAAACUAAACCGUAAAUCAUGUAACAAUCGAAGCAGUUUGUCGAAUAGUUUUACACGGAAGAGUAUCGCCUUUGCUUAAGUUAUUGCAUUUAGGUGUUCGUUGAGUGAGAAAGUGGUCGCGAGAUGGACAGAUUUUUACGUGCAUGAAUAUUAAGGUAAUAUACAUUGGACUGUGAAUUAUGAAAGAGAAAGAGAGAAAGAGAAAAAAAAGUAAAGUAAAUAGUAAGCAAUCAUUUAACUCAGACAGGACAACACAAAGGCGCAUCCACGGACAGCCAUAAUAGUGAAUAAGGGGCUGAUUUAUGUUGAAGGAUCGGCGGCAGAGCAAUGAUUCUUGCGCGCCCUGUGAACGAAUUAAAAUUAAUAACCGACGAGAUUCGCUUUUCAUAUCAUGAUUUUGUGUCAAAAUUGAUACCCGCAACUAGUUGAAUGUGAUUAUUACCAACAGAGAGAUGGUGGCGGUGUUUAAAUGGGUUUUUGCUAUUAUUAUAUGUAUGUUCCCAAAUUCUGGCCAAUCAAACCAAAAAGAGAAGUAACAAACCGUAAGGAGAAAAUCACAGCAAGUGUCAAAUAGGAAAAACUAAAACAAGUAACUUAAACUGUGCGAAAUCACACACACUCACACACCACAGGGCUGCUCUUACGUACGGAUGUUACCGAUUUCCAUCUCAUUGAUGUGAUAAAGCACACAACCAAACAUUGCAUCAUUAUUUCGAAACAUUUCCCAUCUAGCAUCUGUCGAUCAAUUCGCUUUCACUUGAUGAUCAUUCGUCGAUCAAUUGUAUGCACUUGUGUAUUCGGGACCUUCGGGGUAGAAUGUAUUUGUUUGCGUUCCUUUUUUUGUUUUAUUUUACAUUUUACUUUACUGAAUCGUUUUUAGUUUAAGAGUUUGAGCUUGUUCAGUUUUCCUUCUCCUCCUGUGAGGUAAUAGACGGUUGCUACACGUACAGCGAUGAGAUGUAACAGAAAUCAGUGGGGAAACCGAACAAAAAGAAACCUCCCGUUCAGAGAAUAUAGCUCACACAACAACUAAUGUAUGUGGUAAAUGUACAACAAAAUCCAACUAACCCUUAAGUUAACUUACGCGUGUUGCAGGUUAGAUCUUAUAACCGUGUCCGGUAAUAGCCGUCUUCAUCUUCUAACGGGCUGUCAAAACUGUCCAAUAAAUAAUUUAGAACCCGCCCAACAUGCGGUUUCCUGCGGAACAACCGAUUAAUUUUAUUUUAAUUCCUUCCGUUAUGUAUAGGUAGUCUGUGAAACACCCGAACGCACGUCAAGGUACGCUUUCAAAAUAGAAAUUACCCACGUCACUGUGUGAUGGUUAUUUGUUAACCAAUAGAAGAACUGUUUGCAGCACUUUAGCGCAAUUACAUAUUGCUUUAGCCUAAUUGGCCAUAUCGUACAACAGCUAAUGGUUUUUACGGCUUGAUAUUGUCCUUUGUUGUUUAAUACCUUCCAAAACGCUUGUUUGUAAACUUAAAAUCUCCGUCAAUAUCUUUAGAUUAUCUCUUUCAAUUGUUCUGUACAUCUCAUAUACAGCAUAGGUCAAUCGAUUUACGAAGAACAUUGUGCAAGAAACGCAUGUCACGCUUGAAAUCUCCUUUAUACAUCACACAAAAAAAUGGGAAAAGCAAGAAAAGCACACACAAUUUCGGAAUAAAAGGUGUCAGCAUCACGAAUUGAUUUUCUCGUGGCUUAAAGCAAACUAAUGUUUGCUACAUUUUAGGAUCAAACGCAUGAACGAUAUGAAAAUGUAACGACACUCUUGCAUAUGAAAUGUGGUUGCGUCGUACUGUGUUGCGAAGCUCAACAAACACUUUGGAAACCAGUAACCCAAAAUGGAGAACCAAAUAAUCUUUAGAUAGUUAGAAAAUGGAUAUGUUCAUUUAAUUUCCAUUGGGGUAAGCCAAAAUUUCUCCCACAAGGUGUGGUUAUUUAUGUGUAUAUUUAUGGAGGAUUUUUCUUCUAAGCAAAACAGCUCUGAACUUUUGUGCGUACUAAGGAUUAAAAUAAUGAAGCAUCCUCUCUUCGGUGAUGUUUGAUAUCUUUGCUGUUAUUAAAGCAGCUAUUCAAUUGAGUAUUAACAUUUCAACUAACCCGAAAACGGUCAAAUUUGCUUUACCAUUGCCUAGAAGACACAAUCAAAAGCCAGAAACAAUUGGAAUGUGCCAAGCAAACGAAAAAAAAAAUGGAAACAAAACAAACUAAAACUCCUCGUUUCAUCGAAUGGUGAGAUGCAACACCUUCUUGUGGCAUGAAUCUGAGCAUCGAACAUUUCGUACAUUUUUGUUCUUCUUUUCAUCAUUUUCGGUCAUUCAUUAUCGUUAGAGAUGCCUUUCGGCUACACAGCUUUGCAGGAGCUGUGCAUGCAACCACAUGUAUGUGUGGUGUAAACUUUGCUUUAUCUCAAUUAAGCAUAAUAACUACGUUUAGCAUUAAUAACACUUCUCCUUCCUCAUCAUCAUCUAUCUUUCGCUAAUGCACUCUCUUCCCUCUAAAAGCGCUCAUUCAUUGCAUACUUUUGUGCCAUUUUCAAUCUAUUUUUAUGAACAAUAUCGCAUCACUUUAUGCGGCAGCAGUGUGGUAAAAGAUCGUGAACAUUAAACAUAACAACAAACAAACAAAGAAAACAAAAAAAAAGCAAACACAUGUGAUUCAACUUAAUUUUGCGGUCCUUUCUCGCAAAAAAAAAAACUUCGAAACUCUAGCCGGACAGUAAUCCCUUACGUCCUUUCUGACACGUGCGAAGAAGGACACGAAUCACUAAAUGCGGGUAAAAAGCAAGUGAGAUUAAAAAAUCACAAGCGAAACAGAAAUUUAAGGGGGAAAAAAAACGGACAGGUGAAUAUUUAGUGAAUAUUCCCGCGCUUAAGCAAGAACCACACAAAAAUCGAACGUGAAAUAUGUGCGCAAUCGGUCACAUUCAGUGUAAUGGGCAAGCUCGUGAGAUUUGUCGUCGGAUUUACGGACAUCACAUUUGUCGAAAUCAUUCGCAUGCGCAUCAUGUACAUGUGCCCGCAUCUCUCUACACGCGGUAGAAGGUAAUGGACAAGAGUGACAGUGAAAGAGAGGAAGAGAGAGAGAGAAAAAGGGGCAAGGGAGGGAGAAAGAGAAGGAAAGAGAGAUAUAACAUCACGGCAUGCCAAACGGAUGCACUGUAGAUAUAUGUGCAUAAAGUGUGGGGGAAGUGUUGAAAUUUGGAGGACGAUAAUGCAUUCAGCAGGGGAUAGACACGGCAUUCAAAAUCGUAUCUUCUAAAAGAAACUUACAUAUAUCUCGAACAAAAAUAAAAGAAACCAAAAGUAAUAUGUAAUGUAAUAAGGGGACAAGUGGCAAAACUUUGUUGCACAUAAGAAAACAAGAAAGGAUGAUAAACGAAAAAAAAAGAUGUAACGAUGUUACAUCAAAAUAACGCAACCAGUGAGACGUAAAACAAUGAACGUAAUGGCAAAAAUGAACGGAGACGAAAAACUAUACAUAUAUAUACAUACAGCAUCCUUUAGCAAAAGUGCAAUAAGGGACAAAAGAAGGAAAAACAAAAUUGGAACAAAAACAAACAAACAUAAUUACAACAACAACAAAAAAACAGUUCACAGGAGUACGUGUAGGCGUGACCAAAGUUUUUAGACAGCGGAAAAGCAGCAACAACGGUAGAAAAAAUGUGUAAUAAAACAGCAACAACAAAACUAUAGUAGCUAACAGUAGAAAACUCCCCUAAUCGAAUUCUCCCCUAAGCUUAUUCUGGUGGCUGGUAGUAUGUAUUUGGUCGAUUGCCAUCCUUAUUGGAAGUAAGAUGACAAUCGGACAAAUGAAACGAAACAAGAAAAAAAAAUGCACACACAGACGGGAUGCGUUGUGCAGUGUCGCGGUGAGUUAAAUGGGUCUUUCUUUGAUUGGCAAGGCAGAGACACGGGUUAUGCUGGUCGUCCGUUAGAAUCAUACAAGAAGAAAGAGAGAGAGAGAGAGUGAGAUAGAGGGGUUAAAUAGAAGGCAGCAAGGACAUUUUUUAACGACCAGUAGCGUGCUAAUAUUCGAGGAAAUUCUUCCUGAGCGAUAAUCAAUUCGCCCAAUUGAUUACCGUUCAGUGUACUGUACGAAUAGAAUCGAUUUGAAAGGCAAAAAAGCGCUCCAACAUGUGUGUGUGUGUGUGAUCACCUCACGAACGAGCAGCAUAGCAAACUGUAUAUCCCAACCACACCAGUGCCAACAAGAGAGCAGGACCACUUUCUCGCACCGCGUCAAAAAAAGGAAAGGGAACCAUCUUUAUGUCCCUUGUAUUUUGAACCUUCUUCUAUCGAACGAUUUAUACCAGUGUAAUCAUUUUCCGAUCGUGAACGGAUUUACCGACUGAAACGAAGAUCGCAUUGCUAAAACACUACCAAAUGUUUGUACUUUACGACAGCUAACUUGCUGUACUCUACUGGUAAUGUAUUUAUUUCGCUUCGUUUACAAAGCACACGCUUUAGUGGUGUAUUUUUAGUUAACGGUUUUCCCCAGAAAAAAAGAAGAGUUCAAAAAUGUUGUAAAAUGGUUCACUUUCACGAAUGUUGCAAAACGCGAUCGCAUCCGAUAUAAAUGCCAACCAUCCCGAUUAUAGUGAAGCCAGCAAAAACCGAGAGGCGGAGGAAGCAGAUUAUUCAAAACAACAACAAAAAACACACAAACACACACGCCGGUCCGUUGGACUUGUUUUGGUAGUAAAAAUCAAACCGGAAGGGGUAAAGGAUUUUUACAACGGGGCAGUAAAUGUGAGAAUAUGCGGUGUGCAGGAGAAACAAAUUUAAUAGUACCCCGAACGAGAGCAAUCGACGCACGGAUACUGCUCUAAUCUCAUUCCAAUCGGUGAAGAUAUAAGUGAAACUAACCGUAUGCACAUAAUGAAUUCUUCCGAUUAGCAAGAGAAGUAACAUGAAUCAAGUAUCCCUUAAUCACAUUCAUGAAAUGAAAGCCAGAAGAAGUAAGAGGAAAUACACAAAAAAAAACGAACAGAAAACACACAACACGCGCGCGCUCGCGCGCACAUUCAUAAUAAUCUAAUGGUAUAAAAAGUAUAAUACAAAAAUGAAAUUAUAUAUUUAUGUUUUUAAUUAUACAUUUCAACGGCAAACUUUUCGAAACCCCGGUGCUCUGUGCGAUGUGACCCGGUUGAUAAGAAAAGAUAAAAAAAACACACACACACAUACACACAGAAAUAGAAGCAGAAAAGUGCUGCGUACGAAGCAUAGGAAAAAAUACGAUAAAUGUACACUGGCCCCCGCUCCCACACUGUAGUAUACAUACGGCUCCAAGGAGUGGAAAUAAUGGUGGAAAAAGCGAGACGUUUCAAAUGAUUCAAAACCACAAUCCAUCAUGCCCGUAUAUAUAUAGGAAUCAGCCUGGGUGGGUAUCGGAUCUUGCUCCCUCCUCAUAAGUAGAGCAUAUUUAGGCAUGAAACCAUUGUUUUCAUACGUUCACGCAAUCACACAGUCUCACAUAAGUUUCGCAUCAUAAGUCGCGAUAGUCGUGCUGGAUAGAUUCUUACUAUAAAACAGCAAGCAGGUAAAGUAAAGAGCCGCACUGCACGUGCAAAGAAUUAUAGUAAACUUGAAAUGGAAUUCAAAAGGCAGAAUGAAACUAACCCUAACACCUGGUUAUUGAUUUGAUGGAAAAUGAAUUAUAAAACCUGCAGAUUAUAACUUGCGCAAGCAAGAAUUGAGGAUGCGUAAAGAAAAGAAAGAGAGAGAUAUAUCCAGGGGAGGACAAACAGUUAAUAGUGCGUGUGAGGACGAAAUGAAACGAAUAGGUAAAAAAAAUCCAGUGCUUAAGUGUAUUUUAAGGCAAGCGCGCGAGUACACGGGCCUGGGCCUCGAAUAACAACCUAGAACGGGUCGCGCAUCUGGCUGCAGCUAGAGAUGACGAAUGCUACUACUAUUUACUACUACUACUACUACUACUCCUACUCUACUGCGCUGCGGUGUAUGAGAGAUGCGCGCGAACGCGAACCCAAUGUGUGUGUGUGUGUGCGUGCGUGUGUGUGUCCUGUAUCGACGAUAGUGCGGUAAAACAGCCGAGGAGGAGCACAGGCGAAAAGAAAGAGCGGAUUGUGAGAGCUGCUAGGGCAGAACAAGAAAAACAGUAAAUAAAAAGUAAUUAUAAAUAAUAUGAUAAUAUAA